AAUAAGCGGAAAGCUUCUUGGCAGGCAUCAUUUCUUCCUCCUCUCAGAACCCAGCAGUGUCGCAAUCCACACAGAGACAACCACCAUGAAGUUUUGUGUAAACAAGACCUUCUUUCUGACGUUUGCUUUAUUUCUCUAUGUUGCUGCAGACCUACAUGCACCUGAAGUCCACACAAAGCUCGGGAGCCUGAGAGGUCAGUAUGUGAGUGUAAAGGGGAAGGAGACUGGGGUCCACGCCUACCUGGGUAUCCCAUUUGCAAAGCCACCUGUAGGCCCUGCUCUGAGACUAGCUGCACCCCAGCCUGUAGAGGGAUGGGAAGGAGUGAGAGACGCCACCCGGAAGCCACCCAUGUGUGUUCAAAAUAAACAGACUUCUAUAGAUCUGAUUGAUAAAAUAGGUUCCAAGUUGGCAGAGCUCCCAGACAUCUCAGAGGACUGCCUUUACCUCAACGUUUACACCCCUGCAAACAGAGCUCACAAUGCCAAGCUCCCAGUCAUGGUGUGGAUCCAUGGUGGAGGGUUUGCUCUUGGGUCAGCUGCAAUGUAUGAUGGCUCUGCCCUGGGUGCUUACCAGGAUGUGGUUGUGGUUCUGAUCCAGUACCGCUUGGGACUUCUGGGCUUUCUCAGCACUGGUGAUGAGCACAUGUCAGGGAACUUUGGCCUGUUGGACCAGGUACAAGCUCUGAGGUGGAUCCAGCAGCACAUUCACAACUUUGGAGGAGACCCAUAUUCAGUUACCAUAUUUGGGGAGUCUGCAGGCGGAGUGAGCGUAUCCCUCCUGCUUCUCUCACCAUUGUCUGAUGGCCUGUUCCACCGUGCCAUUGCUGAGAGCGGACACUUCCUGACAAAACCUGUGGAUGAGCUGUUCCACAAACAUGAACUUCUCACUGUACCAUUCAUGACCGGCGUUAAUAAUGAUGAAGGGGGCUGGAUACUUCCUGAUUACUUUGCUCCUCCAAACUGGACAGAGGGAUUAGAUCGGGAGCUGGUCAUGAACAUGAUGUUCAUAUUCUACCCUAAUCCCGAAGAUGCGAUGUUCAGAGAUUUGGUGGCUGAUGAAUAUAUUGGAACCGGUGAAGAUCGUGUGAAGAAUAGAGAUGGGUUCACUGAGCUGAUUGGAGAUAUGAUGUUUACCAUUCCAGCCAUUAAGACUGCUAAUGCCCACAGAGAUGCAGGUGCCCCUGUAUACCUGUAUGAGUACCAGCAUACUCUCAAAUUCCUGCAGUCAAAAAGGCCGAGCUUUGUUGGGAGUGACCAUGGAGAUGAGAUCCUUACAGUAUUUGGAUUCUGCUUCACAACUACCCAUGUCAAAUUAGCCGAUGCAUGUGAUGAAGAUGAGGAGCAGUUGAGCAGAACCAUGAUGAGCUACUGGGCCAACUUUGCUCGCACAGGGUCUCCUAAUGGGGACGGCCUUGUCCACUGGCCAAAGUAUGGAGCAGAAGAAGACUACUUGUCAAUUGAUAUAAAGGAGCAGGUAACUGGUCAGCACCUGAAGAAGGACCGGUUUGUCUUCCUGACACAGACUCUCCCGGAGAAGGUCCGACAACACAAAGAGAAGAUGGAGCGCAGCGAGCUGUAAAACAGCCACCUCACCACGGAUAGGAAAUCCUUUCGAAAUGUAACUUUAGAAGAUUUUUUUAAUUCCACAGUUUAACUUAAAAAGUUGUGUGUGAUAUAAUUUGUAUAGCCAUUGUGUAUACUGAACAUCAGUUUGAAUCUAAGGUAGAUAGCUUCAGGUAAUACUUCUUUAAAAUCUAAAAGCUCAGGGGGAAAUAUGUAUAGCAGAGGGGCACUUUAAGUCAUGGGUUACCCCUGCUUUGGUGUGUUUGCCCACAUAUUUAACAUCUCCUUAAUUAUCUGGAUCCCACUUGUUGUUGUUCUAAUCAGUUAUGUGUUGUCUGUA